GGGCAUGACAACAUGCAUCACUUGUCGUUUCAGAGCAUGUGCUACGACUCAUACGGAAUGAUGGAGGACCAACAGCUUCCCGGAUAAAACCUGCAGACUAAAAGAACAUCACAUCUCAAAUCAUGCAUUUAAGGUGGGUGGAAGGAUGUAGCUGAGGAACAAACGGACCAGAAUCUUGACCAAUCACAAACUAGGGUCAUCCCUGAAAGGGGCGUGGCCUUUGGACUACUGACCAACAUGUCCAAGAAAGCACCCACUGGGCGGCGUAAAGGGGAGCGGCUUGAAGCCAUGGCAGCCUUGCAAGUAGCCAAUGAGGAGCUGAGGGCCAAACUCACAGAAAUCCAAAUUGAACUGCAGCAGGAGAAGAGCAAGGUUAGCAAGCUAGAGAGGGAGAAGUCUCACGAGGUUCGUCAUGAGCAGAACAAGUCAACAGUUGUGGUGACAGAGUUAAAGGCCAAAAUGCACGAAGAGAAGCUUCGGGAGUUGCACAGUGUCCGGGAGACGCUCCUACGCCAGCAUGAGUCAGAACUGGUGCGGGUCAUUAAAGUUAAAGAUGGAGAGAUCCAGAGACUCCAGGCGCUUGUUGGUGCCCUCAGAGAUGGAUCCACCGACAAGGUAAAGUCCGCACUAAUGGCAGAGGUGCGAGAGGAGGCCAGGAGGAGUUUCGAAGGGGAGCGCUUGCGGCUACUGCAGGAGAUCACCGAGCUGAAGGGGGUGAAAAGGCACAUGGAGGAGGCGUUAAGUGUGGCUGUUCAAGCCGGCAAGAUCAAAGCCUCUGAGAUCUGCAGCGUUUACCAUCUUCACCAGGAGGAAAUCAACCGCAUCAAGAGAGAGUGCGAAAGAGAGAUCCGCAGAUUGGUGCAGCAGUUGGAUGAGAAGGACGCCCGACGUUUCCAGCUGAAAAUCGCAGAACUGAGCGCUAUUAUCCGCAAACUAGAAGACCGCAACGCACUGCUGUCAGAGGAACGCAAUGAACUGUUAAAGCGUCUCCGUGAAUCUGAGAGCCAAUAUAAACCAGUGCUGGAUAAGAACAAACGUCUGAGUCGCAAGAACGAGGAAAUGGCUCAAGCAUUGAGACUCAUGGGAAACAAACUGCAGUUUAUCACUCAUGAGAACAUCGAAAUGAGAGAGAGAGUCAGGAUGAGACGGAGGCCCAGCUCUCUAAACGAUCUGGAUCGGAGUCAAGAGGAGAGAGAGAUUGAGUUUCUACGACUACAAGUGCUGGAACAACAGAACAUAAUCGACGAUUUGUCCAAGGCUCUGGAAACAGCUGGAUAUGUAAAGAAUGUGAUUGAGAGAGACAUGCUGUUAAGAUACAGGAGGCAGGACAGUCUGCGCAGGAAGAAGCCCUUCAGAACAUGUAGGCCGGUAGUAGAGACGUUUUUUGGCUAUGAUGAGGAAGGCUCUAUAGACUCAGAUGGCUCGUCUAUUUCUUACCACACAGACAGAACGCCAUGCACACCAGAUGAUGACCUUGAAGAGGGAAUGCUUAAAGAGGAGACAGAACUUCGUUUCUGUCAGCUGACGAUGGAGUAUCAGGCUCUUCAGCGAGCAUAUGCCCUCCUACAGGAACAGGUCGGGGGAACAUUUGAUGCAGAGAAAGAGGUCAAGACUCGAGAACAGCUGCAGGCCGAACUGAUCCAAUAUCAGACCAGAGUAUCAGAUCUAGAGUGUGUACUGAGUCAACAGGGACAGGAUAUGAAAUGGAUUGAGGAGAAACAAGCUUUGUACAAACGCAACCAGGAGCUUGUAGAAAAGCUUAAAAACAUGGAGACAGAGGAAUCACGAUUGAAAAAUGAAAUUCAGGAUGCAAAAGACCAAAAUGAACUCUUGGAGUUCAGAAUUCUUGAACUGGAAGAAAGAGAGAGAAGAUCUCCAACCAUAAACUUCCAGAACAUUCAUUUUGCAGCGGGCAUGAGUGCCCUACAGAUCUACUGUGAGGCAGAGGGCGUUACUGACAUUGUGAUUAUAGAACUGAUGAAGAAACUUGACAUUUUGGGGGAUAACGCCGUAAGUAAUCUCACUAAUGAGGAGCAAGUGGUGGUUAUUCAUGCCAGAACGGUAUUAACCUUAGCAGAAAAGUGGUUAGAGGACAUCGAGGUCACCAAAUCUGGAUUACAACAAAAAAUGUUUGACAUUGAAAGUGAAAAGGAGCACUUUAGCAAACAGAAAGGAUAUUUAGAUGAGGAAUUAGACUACAGGAAACAGUCUUUGGAUCAGGCACAUAAGCGUAUCCUUGAGUUAGAGGCAAUGCUGUUUGAUGCUCUGCAACGAGAAGAGACUGGUGGCAAGGUAUCUGAGCUCCUGACCGAACAGGACCGUGAUUCGCUUAGAGAAGCUGUCAGUCAGUGGAAGAGGCAGGUCCUCAGUGAAUUACGAGAGAGAGAUGCGCAGAUACUUAGAGAGAGGAUGGAGCUGCUUCAACAUGCUCAAGCGAGAAUAAAAGAGUUGGAAGAAUGGAUAGAGACACAGAAACGACAAAUAAAGGAACUAGAAGAAAAGUUUUUGUUUUUAUUUUUGUUUUUUUCUUUAGCCUUCAUUCUUUGGUCGUAGCUCUUCCGGAGAGCAAAGGGUGAUGCGUGGCUUAGUGAACCCCGGACACAGGCUUCAAGUGUUCUCUAUUCUGUAACAGAGGAGUGGACACACUUCUGCCAUCAGAGGUUCCUGCCAUCAAUUCUGUGCUGAUACAAGACUUUAAACUGUUCACAUCAACAUAAACUGGCCUCUUCAUGAUCUACGUCUAAUGGAAUAUGGUGCUCUCUGUAUCUUCUGGACUCUAACUGUUUUUAACCUCCUGACCUUUUAAACGUUACUUUGUGUGACUUCUUUGCGUGUGGAAUUUAAAGACUCUUAAAUUGAAAUGCUCUCUUUCCCUGCUAAGCAGGUGGUUGCUGGAGGCUGCUUCCCUUUGGAAGCCUGAUGGGAAUGAAAGGUGUUCCGGUAAAACCCUUCAUCCCACUGUUUACACUCACUCUACUUUGGAUCCCGGUGGCACGUCCUGGUGUUGGCGUGGUGGUGCUAGCCCUUUACUGUGCUAAGUUAGAAGUGGAACUGAAAUUUAAACAUGUCUGGUUUUCUAAUGUACAUGAGCAGUAUUUCUAAUAAAUUCUCUGAGGGAGACUGAAAAACUA